AUGGCUUCAGAAUACGCUGUACAGAAAGUGUCACCAGCGGUGGACCCUGGUAUUGUGCAAUUUUUCGAGAGCUUCUAUGCUAUAUCGGACGAUCUGUCUGACAUUGAAGGCUAUGUUAAUUCGUUCACUCACGACGCUGUUUUCAUCAUAGGCGGCGCGGAGCCGACCCGAGGAGCGGACGGGAUCAGAAAGUGGCGAGAAUAUGAACCUACCUAUGUGAAGUAUUGCAAGCACAUCCCCCACAAGAUCUUCUCUCUCAAGUCCGGCUCCACAGAGGUGAUGCUUCAUGGUCACGUAGUGAUUGGCCACCUUAAUCUCCGGGAAUCAAUCGGAAAUUUUGCUGUGAGAGCCAUCCUGAAGCAAUCACAUGACAAUAAGUGGCAGAUGGAAUACUACGAAGUCUUCAUGGACGUCUCAGCACUUGCAAAAGCAGGUGUACUUUAG